AUGCUGUGUCAGGCAUUUCACAGAUUUGGUCAAAAACUGGUUCGCAGACUUCCUAAGGAGCAACAGAGACCUGAGACCGACACUGCCAUAAGCCUGAGCACUCUGGAUUUAGUGGUGCUGAGUGUAGACCACAUAUUGGGCGCAGGUAUGUAUGUCCUGGCUGGUGAGGUAGCCAGCAAUCAAGCAGGACCAUCUUUUGUGAUCUGCAUUUUGGUGGCCGGCCUAUCUUCUGUAUUGGCUGGGCUGUGCUAUGCAGAGAUUAGUUCUCAGGUUCCCCAUUCUGGCUCUGCAUAUCUUUACAGCUUUAUCACUAUAGGUGAAAUCUGGGCUUUCAUCACUGCCUGGAACCUCAUCUUCUCCUAUGUUGCUGAUACAGCCAUGGUGGCCCUGACAUGGAACUUAGCUUUUGAUUACCUGCGUGAGAACAGGAUCUCUCAGACCCUGCAUGAGAACAUUGCACCACACGUUUCCCGUGUCCUUACAGAAUAUCUAGAUUUCUUUGUUGUGGGCCUUGUGUUGUUCCUCAUGGAAUUGCCGACUCUGAGGAUUAAUCACUUUCUCCUGGUUAGCAGAGCAGUCACAAUGUUGAAACUUUUGAUUCUUAGCUUUAUCAUCAUCACUGGCUUCAUUAAAGGGGACCUGCACAACUGGAAGCUCACAGAAGAGGACUACGUAAAGGCUGGACUCAAUGACACCUCAAGCUUGGGCCCUCUGGGCUAUGGAGGAUUUGUGCCUUUUGGCUUUGAGGGGAUUCUCCGUGGAGCAGCUACCUGUUUCUAUGCAUUUAUAGGUUUUGACAAUAUUGUUACCAGAGUUGAGGAAGCCCAGAAUCCCCAGCGUUCCAUCCCCAUGAGCAUUGUGGUUUCACUGCUCAUCUGCUUUUUCGUGUACUUUAGUGUCUCUGCAGCACUUACACUUAUGUUGCCUUACUACAAACUUUAACCUGGGAACACCUUGCCUGAAGCAUUUCUCCAUAUUGGCUGGGCCCCUGGCUACUACGUUGUUACCUUUGGAUUUUUCUGUAGUCUUUCUGCAAGCAUCUUGGGCUUUAUGUUACCCAUUAAGCAGUUGAUAUACAAGAUGGCAACAGAUGGUCUCCUGUUCCCUGUCCUUGCCUGGAUCCAUGCUGGCACAUACACCCCCAUCAUGGCCGCUGUGAUCUUUGGAAUUAUUGCAGCCAUCAUGAUAUUCUUCUUUAAACUCACAGAUCUCUUGGACCUCAGGUCAAUUGGGUCCCUGAUAUCUCAUUCUCUGGUUGCUCUUUGUGUUCUCAUCCUCAGGUAUCAACCUGAGGUGAAGAAUGGGGCAAAUGAAGCAGAGAUGCAGGAGGAGAAUGGACCUUCAGCAGAGAGGCUGACUCUACAACGACUACUUUUUCCAGGCAGUUCCACCCCCACUCCACUCUCUGGCUGGGUUGUCCGUGUUUGCUCAUUACUGCUUGUUCUGCCGCUCACUCUUCUUUGCCUGGUGCUGGCCCAGUGGCCAGUUCUACUUUCUGGAAACCCAGUGUGGAUUUCACUGGUUGUGGUGCUCCUGGUGUUCAUCACUGGGCUCACUGGGGUCAUCUGGAGACAGCCACAGAGCUCCAGUCGCCUUCACUUUAAGGUCCCUGCUGUGCCUUUCCUCCCGCUACUGAGCAUCUUUGCGAAUGUUUGCCUUAUGAUGCAGCUGACAGCUGACACCUGGGCCCCUGUUGGUAUCUGGAUGCUGAUUGGGUUUGCUAUCUACUUCGCUUAUGGGAUCCAGCACAGCCUAGUUGCUUAAUUCCACUUAAAUUUGGGCCAUGAUUUUAUAUACUGCAAUUUUGCUGAAUUCACGUAUCAGUUCUAACAGUUUUUUUUUUUUUUUUUUUUUGGUGGAGUCUUUUGGAUUUUCCAUGUAGAGUAUCAUGUCAUCUGCAAUGAGUGAAAGUUUGACUAUUUUGCCAGUUCAUAUGCCUUUUAUUUCUUCUUGUUAUCUGAUUGCUGAGGCUAGGACUUCCAGUACUAUGUUUAACAACAGUAGUGAGUGGACCUCCCUGUCAUGUUCCUGACUCUAGGGGGAAAGCUCUCAGUUUUUCCCCACUGAGGAUAUUAGCUGUGGGUCUGUCAUAUAUGUCCUUUAUGAUGUUGAGGCAUGUUCCUUCUACUCCUACU